AUGGACCGCCCAACCAUGACCGCGUCCUCUUCCUCGAGCAGCACGCGGCCCAACCCGUGGAUGCUCACCGAGGAGAACCACUGGUGCCAGUGGCUGCAACGGGAAUCCAAGAUCUCCCGCUACCAGUGUCUCCACGAAAACAACGAGCCACCGAUUGGGGAAGGAACGUAUGGGCGGGUUUGGAAAUACCUGGACAAAGAAGCGAAGGACCCGGACCGAGGAGCUUUACGGGCGUUGAAGGAGAUUUUCGUGCGAGCCCGGUCCCACGUAUGGAAGUGUCAGAAUCGAAAUUGACAAAAUCGAAAAAUUUGUAAUGCACAAAAUCGAUGUCAGUUGGAGCCUCAGUUUCCAAGUGGCGCAUGACGAAUUUCGGAAGCACCCAAAUCCAGUCUGUCAUGCUGUUUGGGCAAAGAAGACUCCUCCUGUCGUGCUACUCUGGCAGAACAUUGUAUACCCCUAAACAGGCUUGCAAUCGGUCUCAUUUGCCUGCUCCCCAAUACAGGCCUUCAGUGCCGUACAUUUUAUGCAUCACAAAUUUUUCGACUUUGUCGAUUUCGAUCCUGACACAUCCAUACCACGAGGGAUUCCCAACGCAGGCCGUCCGGGAAAUAUCCACAGUAAAUUUCCUGUACACGUACAAAUGCAGUCUCUGCAUGACAAAAGUUGCCUUCAAUCCUAGUCUAGCACGACAAGUUGGACACUGCAAGUUAGCGAAAUUUGUAAUGCAUUUUGUACAUGUACGGAAAAUUUACAUUGCAUAGGAAAUCCGCUGCUUGAAGAAGGUCGUGCACCCGAAUGUCGUAAGGCUCCACGACGUUUGUAUCGGGUUACCCGAUUUGCAGCAGGAACACAAUCAGUUCACAUCGAAGGUUUAUCUCGUUUUCGAAUUCGUCGAGCAUGACCUCAGUGGGCUGAUCCGGGCGAGGAAGGGCGUGCUCGAUUUAGCGGAGGCCAAAUGUUUGGCGCGGCAGAUGCUGGACGGGCUGGUGUAUUUGCACGGGAAAAACCUGAUGCAUCGGGAUUUGAAGUUGUCAAAUUUGCUACUCUCCAAGUCUGGCGAGGUGAAAAUCGCGGAUUUCGGACUCGCCCGGACGGUGGAGGUCGUGGAGAAUUAUACCUCGACGGCGUCCCAAAUAGGAGUGUUCAACAGGGCAGGUGCUGGCGCAAGCAGCAGCUCGGGUGCAUCAUCUUCCGCAGUGGGCAGGAACACAGCAGCACGAGAUCACAGCAGCAGAGGUGGAGUAGAAUCAGGUGCAAGUUCCGCCAACGCGAAUCCGCAACGAGACGUGGAAAACCCCCCUUUCACUAACAAGGUUGUGACUCUCUGGUACCGGGCCCCGGAGCUCGUUCUCGGCAGCAAAUAUUACUCCCUGGGCAUCGACACGUUUGCGGCUGGGUGUGUUUUAGCGGAAUUAGUCACCGGGAGAGUGCUCUUCCGCGUCCAAAAUGAGCAGCAACUACUGGAAUUGCAGGUUCGGCAACUGGGCACUCCGCCGAGACAUUUGUACAAACAGGACCCGAUUACUUACCCCCUGGCGUUUGACAACAGCAAGAUUUCCCAGUUUCUGAACCAGACACUGCAGACUGUACCACCGCAGCCGCCGCGGAUCGAGGAGUAUUUGUUCCAGAUUCUCCGAGACCGGAACAUCCCAACGGAUAAUUUCUCGGCCCGAGCCUCGAGUUCCAUGGCGGGGUUACCCGUCCGGGGCGGGCACCAAGCGAGACUGCAGGCCGCGAGCGCUACGUCCGCCGGUGGAGCAAAUUCGAAACGGUUUCAACAGUUGACGCAAGUGAUUCUGGGGCUGCUGCAUUGGGACGCGAGUAAACGGUUUUCCGCGGAAGACGCAUUUAACCACGCGUUUUUCACGGACGAACACCCUUUGCCCUGUAAAGCGUCGGAUUUGCGAUUGGACAUGGGCGAGUCCUUUCACGGGUAUACGGCGAAAAGGAGGAGGGUGAACUAGGAACUAGAAGUAGGAGGGCCACGACCCACUUGCGGUGCACGAACAAAUGAACAUACGCUGGACCAGGAGCUAGUACUGGUCUAGUUGUACAACUUUAAUGUCUUCCACAACAAGCGACAAAAGUGAUUUCGCUCCUAGUAACGCAAAAUGAAAUGAUAAAAUUUUCAAUCUGUGGAAUGAGUCACUAUUUCGGCCGC